AUGGCUUGUUUGCCGGUAACUAUUGUUAUCGUAGCGUUAUCUGCAGCACUUGUUAUAAAGCAUGCUCAAGCAGUAUGCUGUCACACUGUUAACGACGUAUUCUGUGGAGACUGUAGCGAAACGUAUACAUAUUGCGGGGUAGGUUGGUGCAACCUUUUCGGUUGUGCCUGCCAAGGUGGCUGCAAAUCCGGAUGCGCCGAUAUCAAAGUAGUGGUGUCCGGGGGCUGGUUUCCAUCAUCUACAUGCGAGUGCCUAAACAAGAGAUCGCUGGCACGUCCCUUGUCUAAACAUGUCGUUAACCCCAGAGACGUAUUCAGAAACAUUGACAUUGACGGAGAUAAUCACAUUUCCAAGGACGAAUUCCUGGAUGCAGUUGUGAAGUUCCACGGUGCCAAAAGAUCUGCACUGAAUUUCGAUGAAGAAUUUGUCAAGAUGGACUUAAAUGGAGACAACUUGAUCGAUUUUGAUGAGUUCGACGGUGGUUACUGA